AUGUUUAAGUUUAAACAACUGUGCAGAAAGUUUAAUAAUAUAUAAUAGAAAAUUAUUGAAUACUUGCAUGGAUGGAUAUUAUCCAAUCGAAUCUAAUUCUUAAUGUAAAAAAUGUCACUAAAAUGGAAAACUUGCAAUGGUCUUACUUAACUUUUUUUUGAUGAUUGCUUGACUUGUAAUAAUAUUAUUAGUAUUAAAUAAUUUGUAAAAAAUGUCGAUGCAACAGGAUAAAUUUUAUUAAGCUUUUAAUAAUUUAAGCCAAUAGUUUGA